AUGAUAAAGAUUAUACUUUUGUUUUUUAUUGCGGUCUUUUGCAGGUUAAGAAUCUGAUACCCUCCAGAACUAUAUAAGCUUUAUCCUAGUAAUAUUGUACCUUCUGUUACUGCUAAUCUUAGAAAAUCUCCAAGACACUCUGAAGGUAAUGUAAAAUUUUUACCAAAUGAUAUAAAUCCAUGUGACGAAGACUCAUCCCCUGAAUUUUUUAAUGGCACAGUGGUAGCUAUUGAGAAUAUAACUUGUGAUUACUCAACUGUUAUUAGGAUUGCCCAAGAAAAAUUAGCUAUAGGUGUCAUUUUUGUACUGAAUUUGCCUGAUUCAAAAUUAAACGAACAUUUGAUAUCCGCAGGCAGUGAAACCUAUAAAUUUGUUGCAGGUAUUUCAAAUGAGCAUAUUGAUAAAUGAAAAGAAAUUAAAGAGGGGGAAAUAUUUAUUGAGUUUGAUCGCGACUGGAUAUAUACAUGGCACAGACCAACAAUUUCGAUAUCACUUACCGGAAAUUAUAACUAUGAUGCAGAUUUUAUUAAAGAAUGAUAUUUGUUUCUAAUUCCGAUUUAUGAAGGCGAUGUUUAUAUAGACUUGUUUUUUAAUUAUUCAUUUUCAUGCUCUGAUUGCAGCCCAAAUGACUGUUAUUCUAAUAAUAAAUACUGUAUGAUUGAUGGCGUAAAUCAUGCUAAAGGAAGAGAUAUGAUUGAUAGAACACUAUUGGAAAUGGCUUUGCUUGAUUAUACAAAAUAUCACGACCUAUAUUUAGGCGUUUUUGCUAUGUUUUUAUAUGAACUAGGAAAUUCUUGCUCUAACGAUUACUCUGAGAAUUGCAGUAGAAAUGUUUUAAAUUGGCUAAAAGUUGACUACGAAGAAAUUCAGGGAAGAAUUAAAAGUUCCUGAAUAUCGGAUAUGAAUGACCAAUACGCAGAUAAUUCUAUACUCAGUAAACAAUAUGACGGAUGGGCAGAUAAAAGUUAUUUUAAACCUAUACCAAGCAUUACCAUAGGUGAUAUUACGCUUGGCUUAAAUCAAGGUUACGGCUUCCAAACAUAUAUAUGCAAUUAUUUUUAUUUUUAUUAUUCAUCUUCAACAAAUUUAUGUGAUGAUAAAUGAACUUAUAUAAAUAAAAUGGCAUUCGGUUCGAGCGAAAUUAGCUCCGCUAAUUUUCUCUCCCUCAAGCAAUUUUAUUUAUGGAGUUAGGCUUUCUUCUGAGAACUUCUGUACAGUUUAACUCUGGCAGAUAAGCUGAGACACUGCUCCAAGUACAUCAAGAGGCUCGAAGUUUGACCUCUCAGUAUACCCAAGGAAGGUGACUCUUAGGCAGAGCGCGCGCAGGAGCUGAGUAAGGAUAGCAAGACAGCGCAGCCCGUCGAAGCCGGAACGCUGUAUUUUGUCCGUGCCAUAGUGCAACAAAGUGGAUCGAUCCAGAGGUCCAUGGGCCCGACACGUGGACAAAUGUGGUGGCAGGUCUGGAGACGGCUACCCCGUAGUAGAUGCUAAACGAAGUAAGUAAGUAAGUAAGAUAAAUGUACUUAUACUUGCUUUAUAUGAUAUUUAAACAAUGGCUAUUGUGAUGUAGGUUGUAAAACAGAUUCUUGCUUUAAUGAUAUUCAAGACUGCAAUAGUUUGCAUGAUUUCUGUGAUGACGUGCACAAUCAUGCUUGUAGUUAUAGUUAUGGUGGCGAUGAAGGUUUAAGCAAAAAAUCUAUAAUUCUUAUAGCAUUUGGAUGCUUUGGAUUUUGUUUGCUGUAAUUUUUACUCAGCUUUGUUUUUUGUUGUGUCUAUUGCAAUUAUUUUUGUAAAUACUUACUCCCCCUUCGUGAGCUAAUAAAGCCAUUGAGCGAACAAAAAUUUAUUUAAUAUAUAUUUUUUUUUAUGAAAAAAAAUUUGUUAUAUAAGUGAUGAUUAUUAUAAUGAUAUCUCUAACUAAUUUUGUUUAAUUCUAAACAACUUGCAUUUUAAAACAUAAAUUUUGUAAAUUAAAUUAAUUUUUACUUCUCAAUUGCAAUUAUUUUAAAUUUUAAAAAAAAAAGUUAACCCCUCUCCAUAAGCGAGCAAGUUUUUUUUUUUCCUCACAGAGGGGAGUUGGCUGCGCGCAAAAGGGAACAAGAAAAUCAGAACCCUUCAAGUUCUGAAGACGAAAUUGGUUCAGAGAGGAGCAGGCCACUUGACAAUAGUCCUGAGAUCAGAAUUAGUAUUCAAAACGAGUCUGAAAAUAAUUCAGAUUAUGGGUUUUUUGGAGACGCGACUUGCUCAAUUUGCUUUAAUGCAAUCACAGAGGAAAAUAUGAAAGUCACAAAAUGCAAGCAUAUUUUUCACAAAGAUUGCUUAAAGGCAUGGACAGAUGCGAAAGGUAGAAAUGCAAAAUGUCCUAAUUGUAAUGAAGAAAUUCAUUAG